AGAAGUCGCCAUAAAAAUGUUUUGAAGGUGGUUUUGUUUAUUCUACAUUCUUUUAGUGCUUUUAAAAUGGAUUCGCCAGACUUGUCGCAAAUAAUAAACAUCCUGAGACCAACAUGCAAAAGUAUUUCAAGCGGGAAGGAGACACUGUGCGUGUCAGUAAAUUAUUUACACAGAUUCAACAAUUUGAUUAAUGAGAAUUCCCUGGGAGGUGAUAUGAGCUCGUCGUUUCAAGUUUUAAGCAACAUUAAGGUGACGCAACAAAGGGAUAUACAAUUUCUUGAGGAUUUCUUACAAACAGCUGUCAAUUUAAAAAUUGUACCUGACAUAGAGAAAUAUGAGGGUUCCAUAGAUAUUAGGAAGUUUAGUGGCCUUAAAAACCUGGAAUGUCAGAAAAUAAACACAAAUUUUCUCAUAGGGCUGCAAAAAUUACGAUCUCAGUUGAAGCAAAUCACUUUUACACAUUGCCAUUGUAGUAUUGCCGAUAUACUUGAUAAAUGUGCUGGGGACAAUACAAGCAAAUUCACGUGGAAUGAAUUAAAGUUAGCAAAUUUUUCAAACAACAGAAUCAAGGAAUUGGAUGUUAACUUUGAUACAACCCCAUGCCUUCAAACAUUGGACUUAAGCCACAAUGAGUUAACUAACUUUAAUUGUUUUAAUAUUUUACCAAAUUUAAAGCAUUUAAACUUGUCCUACAAUAAAUUGGUUAAUGUUCCACAAUUUCGAGGACCCAUUUGUAACAGAUUACAGAGUUUAAUCAUAUCCCACAACUUUCUAGAAGACAUUUUAAACCUUGCUAGUAUUGUCAAUGUAAUACAAAUAGACCUAAGUCAAAAUUGUAUUAUAGACCACAAAUCUCUACUGGCAGUUUCGCACCUUAUAUCCCUACAAACGCUAAAUUUACUGGGGAACCCCCUAACGUUCCACCCCCACCACAGAAACUUAUCGUGCAACUACCUAAACAAAAAUACCGCGACUACUAAAUUUGUUUUGGACAAUAUAUUGCUGAGCAAGUCGGAAAAAACCUUGGUCGGAUCAUUUUAUCCGAUAAAACAGACCAGUUUAACGUCGUCGCAUAAUUCUUCCGAGGAAAUGAACAUUACUUCGGUUUCCGAAAGAGGGAGGCGGGUUAGGAAUGUCGAAAUAAAAGAGGAGGGCAUUAAGGAGGAAAAAACGAUAGCUGCGAGCCCAAGCGUGACUUCCUCGCAACAUUUGGAGAUCAAAAAACAAGUGGAACAUUUACGGAAAGAGUUUGGGGAAUCUUGGUUGAAUAAUCAGUCGGGGUUGCUGGUGAAGGAUGUUUUGGGGUUGGAACAUAAAAUGGCAUUGCUAUCGUCGACACCGUACGAAACAGCGUUGGAGAAUACGGAUGUGAUGGAAAAUAUAUCGGAAAUAAAAUCGGAAAAUCUCAAUUUUGAAACGGCAAAUGAUCAGUCGUUCGAAAACACCAUCAAACAAGAAGAAACAAAGGAACCCGAAUCGGACAUAUCGGACGGCGAAGAUGUAUACAUGGGGGGUGAAGAAAGUAUGUAUUUGGCGAAAAUACAAGAUUCAGAUGAGGUGUUUGUGGUCGUCACGGAAACUCACAUAUCUGAAAGAAACUCGAUAACCAGCAAAGAAACCGCCAGAUGGCAUAACAACACCGUACUCACAUGCGAGUUUUUAGAAGACUCUCUAACGGCAAUUAAAAUAACUUUCAAUACAAUCAGAAGAGAUAGAAAACAACGUAUCUACGAACUAGAGGAAGAUGAGGCUAGAAAUCUCGUAAACGCUGUCAAAGAUAAAAUUAUAAAUCAGGAACCUAGAGAGAGUAAGGUUUUAAAAUACCAAUGCAUUAAAUGUUCGGAAACGUUUACGAAAAAUAAAGUUGUUAGAGUUGUUGAGGAGCCAAUUGAGUGUCCAAAAUGUGAAGGAAAAAUUGUUGUACAAAUAAAUUAGGUUUUAAUUUAUAACUAUAUAACAAUAUUUU